ACCUCUAGCCCCAAACUCUAAGAUUCAGUGCUCAGGAGACAGUUUUGAGCUAGGAGAUUCACCAUUCUUACUCUAGGAACAUAGAUGAGUAUAUCUGAAUGCCAGACUGGCAGUCAAAUACCUACUGCCACUUUGUGUUUGGACUUGAUGCCACAUGAAAGAACUAAAAUGAAGACAGUAGCAAAGGUAUAUGUAUGCUGAUACACGGGACUGGGAUUGGAGAGAUGAUAUGAACCUGUGAUUUUUCUGAAUCAGUAUGAAUUCAUGGUUGUAUCUGUCGGUCAGUACAAACCAUAGUUCUACUGUCAGCACAGCAGGGACGGAUCACCACUCUAAAACUGUCACCCACGGUCACUCACGGCAGCCCAAGGGGCUCUUCUAAUCUCUAAGAGAUUUCAAUUUCAGCAGAGCCAAGUCCUUCACACCGAGCAGAAUCGCAGUGUGACCAACCGAGUGUGACUAAUCUCAGUGUGACCAAUCUCAGAAUCAACCAGUAUUUCACACCUGUGCAGACACUUGGCCUUCCCUGCAGGACUAGAGGACAUUACAAGAUUCCCCACUUUCCCGGCCUGGAGGCGCCUGGCUCACAGACAGACCAGUGCUGUGAUGAAGGACACAGACAUUCAAGAGUGCACGUGAAGAAAUGGAAUUAAGGUGAACAGGAGCAGCAGGAGUGGAUUGGCCACUUAGAUUUCAUCCCAAAGGAAGUGUGUGCUUUAAGAAUUUUUGAGGAGGACACUACAAGAAGACAGUCUCAUCCACCAGCCAUUUUAGCACUCGGUGUCAGCAACAGAUAGCAUCUGGAUAUGAAGGGCAGAGGACAGAGCAGGUGACAAGCGACCUGUGUCAAGACAGCCCUAAUGAGACACUUCAGGUGACACACAGCAUCAGCUGUGGCCGGCUCUCUUGAGCAUCUGUCACAUAUUGGCGACUCUCGGUGUGAUUCAUCUGAGUUUUCUCACCAUGGAUCCUAGCAGACAGGCAUGGUUACUGUCCAAGCCUGUAGGAAUAGCUUCCGAAGCAUCUUCACUGGGACAGAACAUGACUGUGAACCCGGGUGCAUCCAUGCCUACAUUUGCUACCCUGCCUGUUCUCCCACCUGCCCCCCAACCAGCACCCCAGUUAUUCUGGGAGCCUCCAGCACCCCUCGUGACUGCAGGCAUCUCUCCCAGGAAUCCUCUAGUGCUGUCUGCCUUGCCUGGGAUGUCUUUGGUGGCAGAAAAUGGAAGCACUGCCCUGGGGACAGCUGUACCUCUGAACAUUGUACAGGUUGGGACACCGGGCAGGCCUGUCCAGCCUGUGCACAAUGCCAACAUUGUCCUCACUCAGGUGCCCCUCAACUGUAAUGGCCCCGGGCCCCAGGGUGGUGGCGUGGGGCACCCUGCUUCACUCAUCAUGGCGACACCUGCCGCAAACACCUUCAUAAAUGCUCGGAUUGCUUCAACCGUCCAGCCUCAAGAAGGAACGUGGGUCCUGGGCCCUCAUCCCCCGACCACACAGCCAGUCGUCCCGGUGGUUCCUGUCAGGUCCCCAGUGAACUCAGCACCACCCACAAAAGGAGCAUAUGGGGAGAGUGGUCCAGCCAACGGCCAAAACAACUCCCCAGAAAACUACUCGUCCAAACCGGACAGUGUCUAUGGGAACUUCCGGCGCUGGCAGCAUAUCAAGACUCUGGUCCAGCGGCACCUGUCCCAGACUCCUGACGUGGCAGCUUUCUCCUGCUUCCUCAUUCCGGUGCUUCGGUCCCUGGCCCGGAGGAAGCCCACCAUGAAUGUGGAGGAGGGCCUGUGGAGGGGUCUGCAGGAAUGGCAGUGCACAAGCAAUUAUGACCGGAUGAUCUUCUUUGAGAUGGCGGAAAAGUUCACAGAAUUCGAGAGUGCAGAAGAGAUGGAGAAUUCAAGGCUGGAGAUGGAGAAUUCAAGGCUGGAGAUGAUGAGAGGUGUCCAGUGCCAAGUUCUUACAACCACAACAAGGCAAGAUCCUCCGAGGCCCCCAGCUCCUGAGGUGGCUGAGGAACCAGUGUGCAGCUCCAUAAAGGCUGUCCCCAAGUCUGACCCUGCCCACCUCCCAGUACUCAGACACCAGCAGUUACAGAAGACUGAGCCUCCCAUGGAAAUUCCACCUGAAGCUGUGCAGGAAUACAUGAAUAUCAUGGACUGGCUGGAGAGGCUUCCACAGUCAUUCACAGGAGAGCCCAAGGAGGAGGAAGAGGAGAGCAUCAGGCCGAAGCAGGAAGAAGAUGACUUGUACUCAGACGCAGGGCUACUGGACUACAUUGACGAGCUGUGCUCCCAGAAACACUUUGUUGAACAAGUGGAGGCCAUAAUAAACCCCCAAUUUGUGGCAGAAAUCCUAUCUUCCAAACCAGAGAUGGACAUACUGGCUCUAAUGAAGGAUUUGGAGUAUGAGGAAGAACUCACUGUUAAGCAGCUGCUGGAGAAGCACCUGGCUUUGAAGAAGAAAGGCUGUAAGGGUGCACCUCUGAACCCCGGUGCCCCUCAGAUACUUGCCAACGCUUCUGUACUGACUGACUGCCAAGGUGCAAAGAGAGAUGACCAUAGUCCCCAAAGAGGGGCCAGUGCACAGAAAUGUUCCUCACAAAUGGCUUCCUCAGACCAUCAGUGUUCUGGAGCCACCAAUUCGGAAAUGUGGAGACCUAGGCCUACUGUCUUCCCAAGCAGUCAGUGUUUACCCUCAGUGGCAGACAUCGGAUCCACUGUUAUUCCCUGUGGCCGAGAAGCCCAUCCCCCAAACCUGGGGUCCAGAUGUGCGGUGAGCCUCAGAGGAGUUUCUGCUACCGAGGAGCCCUAUGAGUCACUGGGCAGAGCCGCUGAGGACAAGGAGGAGCUCCCCAGCCUGGCCUUCCUCCUGUGUUCCCAGUACAGGCUGGUGCCAUGGAAACUGGCUGGCCAUUUGUGCCCCUACGCGGGUUUCUCUGACUCUGAUAGUAUCCCCAAACCCUCAUCUCCAAAGAUAAGGGGCCUCAGUCCUGAUGCAUCUCCAAUUGCCAAGUCAAAGAAGCGAGCUCUCAUUGGAGGCUUGACUCCUAUGGCUAAGAGAUCUAACUCAGGGCCUGGUCAUGCGAUGUUUGAAGGGCCAUUCUCAGCCCUGGAGCUUGCUCACCCCUUGCAGGCUCAGAAGAGGAAGUAUGAGUCACUAGGCACCCGGAAGAGGAAGAGGAAGAAGCGGCACUGAGCCACCGAUGUGAUGUCCCCUCAAAGCAGGCAGAGAUUUCACUCUGCCUCUAGCCUGCAGCCCCAGAGCAAAAAAAAAGAAAAGAAAACCAGCUCCUGCUCACCCAGGGCUGAUCAGCUGGUGCUAAGGGGGCCCUGGGAAAUAAAGGCAGGGGUGAGGGGUGGGGUGAGGAGUGGAGGGUAUUAUCACUUUAGAAGUUUGUAAUUUACAGUGAAUAAAGGUAAUUUUGUUGAAAA